AACCUGUACCAGAAUAGGCUUCUGAGCCUGGCUGCCAUGGCCUCCCCGACGCGCGGCGGCCAGACCCGCCAGCGCUGUAAGGACGUGGCGCGGCACAGCUGCGGGCCGGAGGCCUACGCGGUCAGCGCCCUGGACCCGGACGCCUUCCUGCUGGGCCUGCCCCGCUCCACCAGCGACACCGACCUGCUGUCCCCGGACGCCCGCUCCACGCUCACCGUCAGCUCCUCCCACUACACCAUGGGCCAGCCCGAGGGCUUGGUCAUCACCUGGGACAUCAAAGAGGACGUGGAUGCCGGGGACUGGAUUGGAAUGUAUCUUAUUGAUGAGCCUCUGUCUGAAAACUUUCUGGACUAUAAGAACCGAGGCGUCAAUGGAUCUCACAAUGGACAGAUAGUCUGGAAAAUUGACUGCCAUUCCCACUUCAGCGACUCGGAGACCCAGGUCUGCUUCAGGUACUACCACGGAGUCACCGGAGCUCUGAGGGCCACCACCCCCAGCGUCACCAUCAAGAAGGGCUGCCCACCGAAGAAGGCACAUCUGUUUCAUUCACCAAGCUUUCCUUUCACCAUCUCAGACCUCCAGGCAGUUGGACUGAAGAAGGGGAUGUUCUUUAAUCCCGACCCCUAUCUGAAACUCUCCAUCCAGCCUGGUAAACACAGCAUCUUCCCCUCCCUGCCCCACCAUGGCCAGGAGAAACGCUCGGGAGUGGUGAGCAACACGGUCAACCCUCAGUGGAGCUCAGAG